AUGAAACGAGGUCAUAAUUUUUUAGGAUUAAACGAUUCGCGUAAUAAAUUACCUCGUUACUAUAAUAGUGUUGGCAAUUUAGAUCGGACAUUUCCUGUUACCAUGCGUAAAGAACGAAUUAUUCGAAUUAUUUUAAUUUUAAUCAUUUUAGUAUUUAUAAGUUUUUUCAUGUCUAACAUUCUGAUUUUCACCAAAAAAACUUCUCUUAAAUCAUAUGAACAAAUACAUAUUUAUCGAAUCAUUGGUAAUGACCUUCCUCCACGGCAUAAAAUCGGUCAAGUUAUUCAAAAUACUCGUUUUAUUUUACAAAAUGAACCUGAUUUUCCAAAUGCAAAAAAAUGGUGGAUAAUUAAUCGUAUUGUUGAUAGUGAAUAUGAGAAUUCAAUAAUUCAAUUAUUAAAACUUUAUAAAAAAGAUUUUAUUAGAAUACCUUUUAAUUUGACUGAUUAUCUUAAAGCUGAUUUUCGUCUGGAAGAUUUCCCUGAACCUGAUUUCCUUCAUUCUUAUGAAUUUAUGAAUUUUACAAAAGUUGCUAAAAUAAGAACAAUAGAUUAUACUUAUCAUGAUAAAAAUAUUUACGUCAUGAAUAAUAAUGGUGGUCGAAAUGUAGCUUUGAAUCAUGGUCAAUCUCAACCAAAUGUUCGAUGGAUAUUCCCUUUUGAUGGAAAUUGUUUCUUAACUAAUGAUGCUUUUACCGAGAUUACGUCUCAACUUGAUAAAUGGGGAAAUGAUUAUAAAUAUUUCGUGGUUCCUAUGGCAAGAUUAUUAAAUAAUUCGGGAUUAUUAUCCGGUUCUGAUCAAAAACCACAAACUCCUGAAGAACCUCAAAUAAUAUUUCGAUAUGAUGCUGAAGAAAAAUAUAACGAGAAUAUGCGUUAUGGUAGAAGAUCAAAGUUGGAAAUGUUAUGGCGAUUAGGUGUUCCAACUCCAACUAAAUUCAUUGUCAGACCAGUCAUUCCAUGGGAAAAAAAUCAUGAUGAUUUUUCGAAUCACACAAUUGAAAACCAAUACAUGAUAGUCGGCUGGGUAUACCGAUUAUUCUCUGGACAAGCGUCACAAGAGUUAAAUCAUAGAGAAGCAGGUGCAUUUAGAGCAUUUAAUCGUCUGUUAGCUAUUCAAGAAUUAAUCGAUGGUAUAGAUGAACGAAUAGCAAGAAAUCAUAAAAAUUUUAGUCCUGAUCAUUUAUUUUUAUAUAAUGAAAUGUCUUUAAGUAAUGCAAGAUUAAAAUAUUGGUCCGGUGAUGAAAAAAUUACAAGGAUUAUCGAUGUUAUGAUAGAUCAUGCUGAAGAGAUAAUUUCUACUAUUUCCGAUUUUUAUGGUGUUGAUGAUCUAACUAUCAAAUCAAGUAUUCAAAUAGAAUUUUUGAAAUUCAAGACUGAUUCUGAGUUAAAUUUAUUUGAUAAUGAUUCAAAUGAAUCUCCUGUUCAUAUCACUUCAACUUCUCAAUUAUUUAAGAAUAUUACAACUUUAACUCUUGCCGAUUAUUUUUCUGGAAAUUCUUCUUAUGCUCGAUGGGCCGCAAAUCUUGUUCGUACAUUUUUAUUAUCAUCUUAUAGUAUUGGUGAAGAAGAUAAAAUUACUUUCUCGGAAUAUAAUGAUACUUGCUUUACUUGUAAUGCAACAUUUGAUGAAGGUUAUGCUUUUCCUUAUUUAAAUAAGAUUCCACGAACAAUCCCUAAAUUUAUUCAAAAUUCCGAUUCAAAUAAGGAUUCUUCGGUAUUUUAUAAAAUACCUAAUGAUAUAUUUGAAACCGAUCCUUCUUACUUUCUUGAUUCAUGCAAAUUACUUUAUCGAUUAAAAGCAUUAACUCAUAGAGAAUUUAUAGAACUUAAGGCAUUGGCUUCAUAUUGGCUUGAGUAUUUAAUAAGUUCUCCAGAAGGAAUUUCUAUGGCACGUAAACCGGAUCAUAGAGGAACUCUUUAUGAUCUUCAAAUUCUUUCUCUUUCUGGAUUUAUUGAUGAUGUUAGAUUAUAUUUAAGAGUUUCUAAUCGAUUAAGAAUGAGAAUAGGAAAACAAUUUUAUAUAGCACAUGACGCUUCAUUAACGAACGCUGCUAAAAUAAGUCAACCCUAUGAGAUGAUGUAUGUUAAGAAUUUGAUCCGGAAUAAAAAAAUUAAGUCCUCAACUUAUGAAGAUAAUGUUUUCAUAUAUAAAUCAUUAAAUUUACAAUAUUGGAUGUUGAUUACAAGAAUAAUUCAAAAUGUUAGAAUAAGUAAUGAUUUAUGGUUAUAUAAAUCAAAGGAUGGUCAGAGUUUAUUAAAGGCUAUAAUAAGUCAUCUAAAUAAAUAUUCUAAUAGAUAUUCUCAUUCUAAGGAUGAUGAAGAACAAAUAAUGAAGGUUGAUUUGUUUUUACUAAAACCCUUAAUGUAUAUAGCGAAUAUAGCUGAUAAAAUUGGUUCGAAAUCAAAAAAGAACAUUGAACACGAUUAUUUACAAGGAAUGUUGAAAAAAUUUAAUGGAAAAUAUUCUUUAGAUUAUAAUAAUAAAUCUGAUAUAGAUAUGAAUGUUGGAUUAGGUAGUGAAAUAAGGAAAAAUGGAAUUCCUCCGUUCUGGAUGUUGGGAGUAGCAUAG